UCGCGGACUAGCCCCGGCGGGAGAGCGGACCGCCCUCGCCAUCGCCGGAGUCCAGAGAAGAAAGGAGAGAUAGACACGUCAGUGAUGAGAGGGAAUCAUCCAUCGGCUGCCUCCUGCACACCCCCCACUGAGGAUUGAGCCCACAACCCGGGUCAUCCUGAAUACCACAUGUCUUAACAAUUUUCCUUGUGACAUUAGCCAGUGUUUUUCACUGCCUCCAAAAUAUCAAAAUUGCCCUGGAAAUUGGAGACAUACUUGACUUAGAAGAAAUAACCUUAACAAAUGGACAAUAUGUCUAUUACAAAUACACCAACAAGUAAUGAUGCCUGUCUGAGCAUUGUACAUAGUUUGAUGUGCCAUAGACAAGGUGGAGAGAGUGAAACAUUUGCAAAAAGAGCAAUUGAAAGUUUGGUAAAGAAGCUGAAGGAGAAAAAAGAUGAAUUGGAUUCGUUAAUAACAGCCAUUACUACAAAUGGAGCUCAUCCUAGUAAAUGUGUUACCAUACAGAGAACAUUGGAUGGGAGGCUUCAGGUGGCAGGCCGGAAAGGAUUUCCUCAUGUGAUCUAUGCCCGUCUCUGGAGGUGGCCUGAUCUUCACAAAAAUGAACUAAAACAUGUUAAAUAUUGUCAGUAUGCAUUUGACUUAAAGUGUGAUAGUGUCUGUGUGAAUCCAUAUCACUAUGAACGAGUUGUAUCACCUGGAAUUGAUCUCUCAGGAUUAACAUUGCAGAGUAAUGCUCCACCAAGUAUGUUGGUGAAGGAUGAAUAUGUACAUGACUUUGAGGGACAGCCAUCAUUAUCCACUGAAGGGCAUUCAAUUCAAACCAUCCAGCAUCCACCAAGUAAUCGUGCAUCGACGGAGACAUACAGCACCCCAGCUCUGCUAGCUCCAGCUGAGUCUAAUGCUUCCAGCACCACCAACUUUCCCAACAUUCCUGUGGCUUCCACAAGUCAGCCUGCCAGUAUACUGGCAGGCAGCCAUAGUGAAGGAUUGUUGCAGAUAGCUUCAGGGCCUCAGCCAGGACAGCAGCAGAAUGGAUUUACUGGUCAGCCAGCUACUUACCAUCAUAACAGCACUACCACCUGGACUGGAAGUAGGACCGCACCAUACACACCUAAUUUGCCUCACCACCAAAACGGCCAUCUUCAGCACCACCCGCCUAUGCCGCCCCAUCCCGGACAUUACUGGCCAGUUCACAAUGAGCUUGCAUUCCAGCCUCCCAUUUCCAAUCAUCCUGCACCUGAGUAUUGGUGUUCCAUCGCUUACUUUGAAAUGGAUGUUCAAGUAGGAGAGACAUUUAAGGUUCCUUCAAGCUGCCCUAUUGUUACUGUUGAUGGGUAUGUGGACCCUUCUGGAGGAGAUCGCUUUUGCUUGGGUCAACUCUCCAAUGUCCACAGGACAGAAGCCAUUGAGAGAGCAAGGUUGCACAUAGGCAAAGGUGUGCAGUUGGAAUGUAAAGGGGAAGGCGAUGUUUGGGUCAGGUGCCUCAGUGACCAUGCAGUCUUCGUACAGAGUUACUACUUGGACAGAGAAGCUGGGCGUGCACCUGGAGAUGCUGUUCAUAAGAUCUACCCAAGUGCGUAUAUAAAGGUCUUUGAUUUACGGCAGUGUCAUCGUCAGAUGCAGCAGCAGGCGGCCACUGCACAAGCUGCAGCAGCUGCCCAGGCAGCAGCAGUGGCAGGAAACAUCCCUGGCCCUGGGUCAGUAGGUGGAAUAGCUCCAGCUAUCAGUUUGUCAGCUGCUGCUGGAAUUGGGGUGGAUGACCUACGUCGCUUAUGCAUCCUCAGGAUGAGUUUUGUGAAAGGCUGGGGACCGGAUUACCCAAGACAGAGCAUCAAGGAAACGCCGUGCUGGAUUGAGAUUCACUUACACCGGGCCCUCCAGCUCCUAGAUGAAGUACUCCACACCAUGCCUAUUGCCGACCCACAACCUUUAGACUGAAAUCUUUACUAUUGGAGCUCUUAACAUUCAUUGUCAGGAUGGUGGACUAGAAAAUACAAUCCUGUUUAUAAUCUGAAGAUAUAUAUCACUUUUGUUCUGCUUUAUCUUUUCAUAAAGGGUUGAAAACAUGUUUGCUGCCUUGCUCCUAGCAGACAGAAACUGGAUUAAGACUUUUUUAAAAAAAUUUUUUUUCUAUUUAGUACUUUUCAGGCAUGGCUCAGAACUUGAAGGUCAGGAAAAACACAUUCUUAUUAAAUUUACUGCACCAGUUAUGUAUGAAGGAAUCAUUCUAAUCCUGGAAAAUUUAGCCCUUUAAAAUGUCUUUCACCUUUUUCUAUGCAGAACAUUGGUAUAUGUGCUAUUCUAAAGAGUAAACUCAAUAUUGCUGAUUUUAAAGGCAGAGACGUUCUCAAAGUUAAUUCACCUAUGUUAUUUUGUGUGCACGUUGUUAUUGUUGAGCAGACUUUACUCCAAAAUAUUGUGCCAUGUGGGUGAGUUAAUGUUACCAAGAGCAACUUCACUCUGUGUUUAAAAAAUAAGACAGUAAUGUAUUAUAAUCUUUUAUCCAAAAUAUAUUUUCCACAAGUUAAACUAGUGAAGAUGAUUUCAAUUCGAUUGUCUUGCGACUUCCAUUUUAUUUUCACCAACGCAAAGCAGUAAUCUCUGUGAAUACUGAGAAUUCCUUCAAAUGAUCAGACAAAGAAAUACCAUUGACAAGGUCAGUAGUUAUCGCAGUUGGAUAACGAUUUCUCGAGUAGUAUCACUUUUCCCUGUUAAACAGUAGACGUAGUCUAUAUUCCCAGGCACAGGGUUGGUUACCAAGAAGCCUAGAUGAGCCCUUUCUUUCCUUCAUUAAUUCAAAGGGAAAGGUUUGUAUUUUUAAAAACACUAAAAGCAGUGUCACUCCUCCAUGUCCCCAUUCUGCAGAGGUGGCAGUGCUUCAAGGAAAUGAUGAGUAUUUGGAAACUGCUAAGUUCCAUGUCAGAUCCUGUGUGGACUAGUGGAAACAUUACAGCUCCUAAUAGGCAGUUUGGCUAUUUUUGUACUUGAUUUGAUGUGACUUCUUUUUCAUAUACUCUUUAAAUCAUGUAUGUUAGGACAUUGUUUGAAAUUCAGUUUUUGUAUCUUGGGGCAAGACUGCAAACUUUUUAUACCUUUUGGUUUUUCUAAGCCCUGUGCCAUCAAUGAUCAUAUCAAUUGGCAGUGACUUUGUAUAGAGAAUUUAAGUAGAAAAGUUGCAAAUGUAUUGACUGUACCACAGACACAACAUGUAUGCUUUUUACUUAGCUAGUAGCAUAAAUAAAACCGAAUCUCAACAUACACAGUUGAAUUCUAGGUUUGAUUUUUAAGUUUUUCCUUUUGCACUUUUGAGUCCAACCUCAGAGGCGAGACACCUUCUAGGAAAUGGCAGGCAGCAGCCAGCACUGCAGCUUUGGUUUUCCCCUCCCUCUGCCGGGACUUCCCCGGGGACAUGAUGUAUCAAGCGUAGAGUUGGUUGUAUUUUGAAGUUUUAUUUUACUGUAGCAAAAACAGGCCUGGUUGUCUACAAGAUAAAUAGGUUUUCUACAGAAUAAAUAGUGUGGCAUAAAAUCCAGGAUUAUCUUUCUGAUGCUCUUAUCACUUGCUUGGAGGACCUUUCUAAACAUAAGAUUCUAAGGUAGGUGUGUUCCAAGUUUGAGGAACACUUAUUAUGCAUGCCAGUUAUCCUUAUAUCGGUUUAGAUGAACAAGUCUUCAGCUUCCUUGCUCAGAAGGUGUUCUUAAGACCACCCUAGAAACCAAUGGGUUAGCUUAUUUAAAUAUAGAUUUUGAUCCAAGCUACAUGGCUUUUGUUUUCAAAGUAUUUCUCUACCAACGUAUUUGUACUUUUGAGUACUAACAACUACUUUUGUUAAAGACCUCAUUACAACUUGUAAACGUUUGUUGAUUUAAGUUUUAUUGGCAGAUUUUUAAAAAGGUAUCAUUUUAUAGAAAUUAUUGACUUUAAGCCCAUUUUACUGUGAAUGAGGAGUAGGAGUGAGAGGAGUUUUAGAAUGACAUAUUUAAAAAAUCCAGGUUAUUUGGCUAGAGCCAUAAGCAUGCUAUGAUAUAAUCCAUUGCCUCCUUUUCUAUUUUAAGAAAGGUUUUCAUGUUUAAUGAAACAUGAAAUCUGGGUAAUCAUUUGUGGAAAUAUUUGCAAAGAAGUCUGUCUUCAAGGCCUAGCCACCUGUGUUGGUUGCUUUCUGCUAAGCAAGUACAAGUACAUAAAAGUAUUUGUAGUUAGUAAUUGCUUUAUAUUUGUACCCAGAUGCAAUCACAUGCUUUUGAGAAAACAUCUAGUAUGUUAUGAUCAGUUAUUCCUGAGAGCUUAGUUGUUAAAUGGUAUUUCCAUUUCUUAAAUGUAGUCAUCUUUAAUGAGUAAGAUAAAGGAAUCACUAGGUUUAAAAUUUAGGGGUACAAUAGUUUCUGCAGUUCUAAGAAUCUAUUAUAAGGAUAUGGUUUUGAAUGAGUGUUCUACGCUGGUUCAUAUGUCAAAGACUUUCAAAAUGUUGAAUUUCAGUGAAAGCUGAAUGAGAGGUGAACUAAGUACGUACCCUUAUCAUCCAGUAUGAGGCCCGUUCCACAUUUGUCAGUGCCUUUCAUACUCAAAGGGAAUCCUUUAUGGUGUUGCCUUUAUUUUCUAGGGAGUACAUUCUUUGGUGAGAUAUAGUCUGUCUCCUCUGUAAACGGAUGCUACACCUGGUAUACAAAGAUAAUGACAGGAAAUCACUGCCAUAUAACCUUGUUUUUCCAGAAGCGUGGCUCCUUUUUAUUGACCUAACCACUAAAUAGGUCACCCAUCCCAUUCCUCCUGGAACAUUGUAGGUUUACAGGUUGGGUGGUCUCACUUAAGGACAACCAUACUUGAAACAUCCGAGUAAACUGAAUACAUAGUAGCUUUUAAAAUCUGUUUUUGUGGGGAAGGGUGUGGUGUAAAGGGAGGUAUUUGUAAUAGAAAUUUUGAAGACAAAAUAUAAUGUCCUGUCUUCCAGAUGAUAAAUAUUUUAAAAGUGUAUUGCAGGUAUCUUUUUUAUUGUGCCCAUCUGGAGAAGGGAAGUUGUACAUUUUCCCAAGCUGCUGCUUCACUAUCUGUGGAAGUUAAAGAAUAGAAGGUGAAAUAUUUCUGUUCCUGGUUUGGUGGUGACUGGUUAAUAGUUGUUACUCAUUAGCUAUUAUGCAAAAUCAGAUUAGUUCACAUCCUUUUGGAGAGUCUUUUGGAAGAAGCAGUUAUAUUUUGAUUAGGGCAGAAUCCUUUUUGUUCCUAGUUUUUAUAGUUUGCUCCCUUUAUCAUUGAGUCAUUUACUGGCAUUUUAUUUAAGGACAGCAAGUUGGGAAAAUGGUAAAUUUAGGUCAGGGAGGUGAAUGAGUAUAUGAAAGCAAUUGCCUGUAAAGUCAGUUAACAACUCUUGUAGAUGGGGCUUGACAAAGACUAGCAGGUAAUAGAAUGAAGAAAUGCAUUCUUUUUCCUUCUAGAGGCGGAACGCACCUUCUUGCAGGUGGCUCUCUGUAAAGAAUCGCCUGACGCCUCCUUUGCAAGAUUAUAGAAAUAGGCUAUGAGACUCUUUAGUGCGAGCCUUUCCUUCUUUUUCUUCUUCUGACAGCUAGGUAAUUUCUCUUCAGAUAUGUCAGGAAGGAUGUAAAACGUUAGUGGCCUUAUUCAGAGCAGCAUCCUCGGGCCCAGCCUUGUCCCCAGCACUUGUUCCAGUGUUACUAGGUGGUUUAUCUUGUAUGGUUGUGAAAUGGAAUUUUUUGCAUAAUCCAGACUUGCCUUAUUUAAGCAGUAAAACGUUUUUAUUUCAGCCAUUUAAAAAAAUAUAUCUUUAUUGAUUUCCUAGAGGAAGGGAGAGGGAAAGAGAGAGAAACAUCAAUGAUGAGAAUCAUUGAUUGGCUGCCUCCUGCACAUCCUCCACUGGGGAUAAAGCCCGAAACCCGGGCAUGUGCCCUUGGCUGGAAUCGAACCUGGGACCCUUCAGUCUGCAGGCUGACGCUCUGUCCACUGAGCCAAACCAGCGAGGGCUAUUUCAGCCAUUUUUAGAUGAAGUUACUUAAUAUGUAUGUCAGAGAACAUACUGGAUAUGUUUCUUUUUGUGCCUAGCUCUCUUCCUCAACUUCACGGGCGCUUCGAAAGGGUUGUUUGCCUUUACUAAAUGGUGGCAGACUUGCUGUGGUUUUGAAUGUUUAGAUUUUACCCCUCCCCCCCUCCAACCCCCAUCUUCUCUCUUUCUGACAGUGACAUUUCCUGUGCGUUGUUAGUGUACCUCCCCUUAGUACCUCUUCUUCCCUUUCUGAUUCAUUUUUUCCCAGCUGCUUGGGCAAGGAGGCCAGAUAACCAAACUUAUUAGCACUUUCUUUGACUACAAGGGCAAACUGGGACAGGACCCAAGAAACUUCCUGUACACGAUUGAAAGGCCUUCAGUGCUUUGGCGUUUGACCGCUUGGAGUGCUUCUUGAUUCUUGCUCAGUUUCAGGUAGUUGAGGCAGAGAGAAGUGAGGCAUAUUCCUAUUUUCCCCCUUUACAAGAUUUUUAAAAGGUUUCAUUGCUUCCACUUGAAUGCUGCUCACAAAAAUAUUGGGGUUACAAGGGUUAUGAAAUUAGGUUAUCUAUAGCCAGAAGCAAUACCCUUGCCUAGAGGACACCAACAAAACAAAACAAAACAAAGCUUGGAAAAUGAGAGGAUCAUUUUUGUUUUGUUUUGGUGUCUCCUUUUGAGCCCUAUGUUCUGGCCUUGCUCCUCCACAGAUAUUUUUGACCUGUAGGUGCCUUUAUGCGGUUUGAGGGUUUGAUAUCUUGUCCCAAGGAGUAGCUAAAGUGAUCGCUGAUGUUGUCAGGGAUUUUACCAUCAGACUUGAGUGAAUGAAUGAACCUCUUUAUUUUUUCUUCUUUUUUUUUUUCCUAAACUAGGAAGGACUGAGGAGAUCACUCUGGUGAAGACAAUCAUUUCUCUUACGGAUGGGGAUAGUGUUCAGUUUAAGAUGCUUUCUCAGCAGGUCUGUGAGCCAGUGCUCUUGUUCAGCCUGAAACGAAUGACUCCUGGCUGGACCAGACAGUUGUGCUCUCUAGUCGUGCUCGGCCACUCAUUUGAUGUGUGACCUUGGGCAAGUCAUUAACCUUCUUUGGGCCUCAGUUGCCUCGUCUGUAAAAUGAGGGAGUUGGACUAGAUGCCUUCUUCCAGCUCUGAAGUGUCAGUGGCCUUGCCUACCUUGCAGCAGUUUUUGAUUUCUUCCUCACCUUUGCUCUGCUGUUCGAGGGGGCUUUUUUACUUGUUUCUACAUUAUUUGAAUGAGACUAGGCUUGAGAUUUUAUUACUAUUCUCCUACGGACACCAAGUUACAUAAUACGUCCCUAAGACUUAAAUUCAACCAAAGGCCUAGCACUACCUUGGGGGCUGCAAUAAAUACUUAAAAAAAAAAAAAAAAA